GACCCACUGCAGCGUCACGGGCCGGCGGGGAGCACUACCUCGAGAAUGCUCACCCAGCCCGAUUUCAUACUCCAUCCCUUCCCCUCAAUCGCUUGUGGAAUCCAUCCAGCUUCCACUUACACCUCGGUCGCUCCCGCGGCUUUGUAUAUCGUUUUGGUUUGCGGCAAUCCAGCUUCAAGCCUCUGCUGAGCUUCCGGGCUCACCACUUCGUGCAACACAACAAUGGACGGUCAGGGUCCACGUCGAAGAGCGGUCGACUUGCUCAUUCAUGACCUGGGCGGAAUUGGUCACGACCUGCGCCGCUACCUUGACGAGGGAGAAACCCCGAUCAGAAAAGUCAAACCGCCUGAUGUUAAAGCGGCCCGAGACCUGUUUGAACAGAUCAUAGCUCGUAUCGGUAAUGUGUCAGCUAAGCUGGCUGAUGAGCACUUCCUAUCCUCAGACAUCCCUCCAGCGCCAUUGGCCAAUGGUCCCAACACUCCCAAUUCUCAAGUCGACGUUUCAACAAUUGUCCACCAUCAGCAACAGUUCGUUCUUGCCGAGAUUGUUGAAGCGAGUCAAGCGCCGCAACAGGUGCAGCGAGAGCAAGAACCAGUACAGCAAGAUCAGCUACAAAGCCAACAACAACAAAACCAUUCAAAAGGCCAGCAUGAAGUCCAGCUACAACUCAAGCUCCAACCCCUGCUUCUACCGCGGAAUCAUGACCAGCAACCAGUUCAACAGGACCAGUCGCAAGGCCAGCAGAAAAUUCAGCUACAACCACAACAACCAGUAGAACAACAGGUGCAGCUACAACACCAGCGAAGAGACCAGCUACAUAAUCAGCAAGGAAUCCAACUGCAAUCUCAACAACAAAACCAGCAAGAUGGCCAGCAACAAGUUCAACAAGAGCAGAGAAACCAGUCGCGAUACCAGCAACAGGAGUACCGGCACAAAGAAACUGUCCCAGAAACUGUCCCGGAAGCUGUCCCGGAAGCUGUCCAGAAUGCGGAAGUUGGUGCAGUCAACAGAGAAGAGAGCGCACAGCCGGGACCACCAACCCAGGACGAGAUACACGCCGCUGUAUCGGCCCCUCAACGCAUUUUACCAGCCCCAACUACAAACAGUAUCCCUACGAACUCGUUGAUAAGUUGCGGCUCUGGUCCUGAUGUAGAAGUUCGGUCCAGAGAGCCAACUCGGCUCCGGUCUCCCAAGCUGCUUCUCCUUCACAAGGACAGCGCCCCUCUCUUCGACUGCACCUACCAGGACAUCCAUGUCCUCAAUGAGGAGCUGUUUGAACAAUGCUCGCUCCAUCCCGAUGUGCAGGCCAGAGGCUAUUUCAAACUUCAGGUCAGAGAUCUUCCGUCUCUCCAAGUUGGUAAAAUGGGUAGACUAGAUCAGAACCAUGCGACCUCCUUUGUCUACAAAAAGGACAAUCUAGGCCUCAUCAAGGUUGACAGUGGGAAGAAACCAAGAAUUAGGUGGCCCAAGUUUCCCCUCCCUACGACCGAUAAGCAAAAUUGGUCAUUCAAAGAGCAGAAGCAUCUGUGGAACUCUACGGCCGCACACCCGCCUAAUGGAGCCCGACCGUACAUUAUCGGCAAUCCGCUAUUUGAUGAUGUCGAGCUGUGUCCGGGAGAUAAGCUGAGACGCAGAGGCCCGACAGUCCUAGAAGGUAUCAACACCCAGUAUAUCUACUUCAACCUUACUGGUAAGACAAUCACAGUCAUGCAUCGAGAAGAUGCCCACGUCCGGUCUGAAAACUUGUUACGUGCCGGUGAAAACAAGUUUUGGUGCUUUAUCAAGCCGAGUUCUACUGCAAAGCUGGAAGAACGAAUGCGCCAGGACUUUCCUGAAAUGCGCGGCUGUUCGCAAGCACUCCGUCAUCUAAGCCGCCAUAUUCCUCCUGCCAAGUUGGACGAAUGGGGGGUUGAGUAUACACUUGAUUAUUGCGUUCCUGGCCAGGCCGUGGUUACUGAGCCGGGUACAUACCAUCAAGUUCUCAAUCUUGGUCCAAAUUAUGCGAUAGCAAUCAAUGUUGAAUACAACUCAUCACCCGACGAUCCGCCAGAUUACACAUUCUGCGAUGAAGCCUGCCCUGAUCAGUUUGCAAUCUCCGCCCAAGACUUUCGCAUCUAUUCUGGUGCUACGGCCAUGGACGAGAUGGCAGUCCCAGCCAAGACGAAGCCCAUGGUAAUGAUGGCACAGCCUAAGCAACCAGGGGCCGUCUCUCCCCGGCGCCGUUUGUCAAAUGACUCUAUACCAUCGGAUUCUGCGCCGGCAACAGGUCAGCAACGUGAACAACAACAUCCAGUCUCGGGACCUCCACCGCAAGAAUUCCAAGACGCUAAAAGUUAUUACUCUCGACAACUGGAGUCAGCAGUACCACCUUCAACGCCAAGCAUGGUUUCUUCUACGGUUCAUGAAACACCACAGCCAGACAUAUCUGAAGCCAGCGCGUCUGUGUUUGAUCCGGGACGGGUUGAUCGUGGCCCAUUGCAGGUCGCUUUCGAGCCACAGCAGGUUAUUACAGAGCCAGAGGCACUUCCAGAAGUACAACAGGCAGCCGCGGGAGUGCAGCAAGUUAUUUCAGAGCUAGAGGCACCUCAGGACAUACGACAAACAGCUCCAGAGCAACUACCAAUACAACCCCGUUCACAAACUGCCGUGUUUCUACAACAGCAAGAACAAGCCGACAUGGCUCGAUCUCAACCAGUGAUUCUGAAUCCCUCUCAGGCUCGGGCUUUGGGUCAUUUUGCUGAUCACUACCAAGAGCAUCCGAGAGUACAAGCCACAUUUCCCCUGUUGCAGCAAUCGACAGCACCUCCUCGUGUGGUAACUGGACCCACGCCGCUGUUUAAUGUACCAGAUCUCCGGUUUGUGGGACCGCCUGUUCUCCAACCAUUCGAUGGAGCUAUUCAGGCAUUUGACCGGGACUUUCAAGCGCAAACCUUCAGUGCUCAGCAAGCUUCGUACGGAAUGUUACAACCUCCUCCUGCAAUCAAGCCAAGUAGCUUUCCUGCCGAAAUCAUCCAAUCCUACGUUCAUCAAACUUCAGAAAGUCCAUCAAUCUUGAAUAAUGUAGCAGCCUCCGGAGUGGGACUUAAGAGACCUGCAGAAACACCAAUGCAGUCAUCGGUCAAGAGAACGAAGCCAAACAAUGAAGCAAUUUCUUUCGGGCACCUUGCCGAUCUGCUCAGAACAGCCAAGAGCCCCCCCGUUGAGCAGGUAUGGAGUAAAGCAGCCUUUUUGAGGUUGGCUGGCCUGGUCAGGGAUUGGAGGGAGUACUCUAGAUUGGUACCCAUCUCCGGAGGCGGCUUCGACCUACUUGAUCAUGUUGACGACGCAGAACAGAUCAGCCAGGAGCUACAAGUCUUCCUCCGUCGGUUUUUGAAGAUGAAGCUCUCAGAGUGUAUCGAAACCACAGCUCAAGUAAAUGGCCUAAAGGAUGUAUUCGAUCGCCCUGUAUCAUCCCACAUCGAUUGGGGUGAGAUUUUCCGUAAGCUCAACUGGGACGUAGCUGGUAGAAACCAGCUUAACGACUACGUUCGUGAGGGAAAAUGUUGGCGGACCAUUUGCGGUGAGUAUAAUGGGCUCUUGUGCCUUUUACCAUCAGACGAUAGGUUCUUGGAACUGGCAAUGUUCAAGGACCAGCUUGCCCACUUCCAUGCUCAGCUCAGCACCAAGGCCGUCCGAAGGAUGUGUACUAUGGGCCAAAUACUAGAGAAGUCCAUCUGGGAGUACUUGGAACUGCCAGAAUUUUCCUGGGAAUCUGUGGAUACAUCGGAGUUGUCUCUUGAUGAGAUUUCGCCGCUUUUGUCCCAGUUCAAACUCAUCAAGGCGAAUCAUUAUGACCGUCUCAAGUACAACUGGGAGAUACAGCCACCGCCACUCGGUUGGACAGACCCGUGGCCAUCGGAUCCUAUGUCUGUUUCAAAGUCGGACAAGAAGGCCUGCAGCCUCUGCAACAACAGCAAACGGAUGACGACAGAGAAGUCGUCCUGCAAGUGUCUGGUAAAAAGGCUCCCACAAAUCCCGCGCAUAACUGAAGAUGGAUCCAGAGGUGCAGGUGUACGUGCGGUUGGUUCCUUCAAGGCGGAUGAGUGUCUCGGCGAGCUCGUCGGCGAGUUGCGGCCACCUCACACGACAGGCUCUCCUUACAGCUCCGAUCAUAGUCACCCAAAUAUUUCCAGCGGCCAAGCUCAACUGAACAAUCGCAACAGCAACAGACACAAUCACGAGUGGGCCAUGGAGGUCCGCCGACCUGAUCUUCACGACCAACUGGUAGCAGAUAUAUAUCCUCAGCAAAUGGGAAACUGGGUUCGCAAGGUUCGCCAUGAUGGCGUCAGCCCGUCAGCGGUAUUCAAAGUCAUGAAAAUCACUGGGAAGUGGAGGGUGAUACUGGUGGCCAUGAAAGACAUACGCGAUGGCGAGGAGAUCACAGCAAAGUACGGGCGAGGAUAUCGGAAGGAACAACCCGAUGAGGUUGUUGAGGGUUUGCACUGAUAUCUUCACUUUGGUCCGUUGAUCCUCCUCUCCUAUUAUCAUUGUCUUACUAUUUGCUCCCAGGGCGGCGUUUGGUGUGACCAUUUCGUUUGCUCAUGGACACUUUCAUGAGGAAUCAGGUUCUCGGGACAAGUAUCGGCGACUCAGACGUUUCCCCUGAGGCGAAGGGCAGCUAAGUGGGAAAUCAUCUUAGAUGAUGGAGCUUUUGUUUCAUUGUUGUUACGGACAGGGAAUCUUUUUCUUUUCUUGAUGUUGCAUCUUUGUCAAUGAUGUGGCAUCUUUGUCAGGUAUCAUUAUCGGACGUGCGAUUGUUACGAAGGCCGUACGCUUCUACGCAUUGUCAUUCAGCGAACCAGGGG